AACAAAAAUGAUAAUGUUAAUGUUACGAAAAUUUUCCGAUUUUACACACAAAUAUAAAGUAUUACGUGGCAUGCUUGCCUAUGGAUUGCUAUGGCCCUGUGGAUCAUUGGCCGAGCAAACACUGAUAGAGAAACGGACAUUCCGCACAUAUGACUGGAAGAAAUGUCUUAAAUUCAGUUUAUUCGGCUGUUUCUUCAUGGGUCCCACAGUUUAUGCAUGGAUGCGCCUGGCCUCCAUUAUGUGGCCACGCACUGACAUCAAAUCAUCUUUUUGCAAAGCGAUUACAGAGCAAGCCGGAUACGAUCCAAUGGCCAUUAGUACAUUUCUAUUUACGAUGAGUCUGAUGGAGGGCAAAACAUAUGAGGAAGCCAAGCAUGAG